GUUUGAUCCUGACCAGUUCAACAUCAUGAAUUGUUUUGACUGUUUCGAAUUUGAAGGCGAUUUCUGCUUUGCAUUUGAGCUGCUAGAUCGUAGCUUAGCAGACUUUAUGGAAGAGAGACACUGGGCGCCUCUGAAAGUGUCUGAGAUCCGAGCUAUCGCAAAACAAUUACUCGUUUCUCUCACCGCAUUAGAAGAAGUUAAAAUGACUCACACUGACAUUAAACUUGACAAUUUAAUGUUAGUUGAUCACACGUCUACGCCCUUCAAAGUGAAAUUAAUUGAUUUUGGGCUUACUC